GUCGACGGUCGAUCGCCGUUUGGUGUGGAGGGAGCUUGGCUUGUUCUUUUGUUUAUAAACAAGCAACGUUCGAUUAUUUAUAAAUCUUGGAGAAAAUAUUCGUGACUAUCGUUGGAACAGAUGCCUCCUACGAAAAUACAGGUGUUUAUCUACUAAGAGAUGUCGAAGAGAUUGUGUGGCGAAAGGGAAAUCGGAGUCGCUAUCCUCCUCGUAUUGUCAUUUCUUCUUCUUAUAGUUGCUAAAUACGUGAUAAUUGGCGAGAAACCAACCGAAAAGAGGAGCUCGGCUAAGAAAUUACCUCAGGCAAUAAUCAUAGGAGUGAAGAAAGGCGGAACUAGAGCUUUGCUAGAAUUUCUACGCCAACAUCCCAACAUCAAAGCUCCAGGACCGGAAGUUCAUUUCUUUGAUAAAAAUUACCAUCUCGGCUUAGAAUGGUACAGGUGAGUGCGUUCAGCUUUGAAAUGAUAUACUCUCCUGCUAGCGUGUUGAUACCAUUAUACAGAGAAUUUCUAUUAGCAAACUAGACCCAUUCACAACUCGUCAUUAAUUAAGAAUUAUGCAAGGAAUACAAGAUUACGUAAAUGGAGUUUAUCUGAUUAAAGCAAGCCCCAAUUGAAAACUCCUUUCACUAUAUUAUACGUACUCUUUAUAAUAAGCCUAGGGGUAGGGACGUUUUAAGGUUAAUUAUAUGCGAAUGUAAACAAUGAAACCGUUUGAAUUUCGUACUAUAAAGAAAGUUAUGUGUGCUUGUGCAUAUUUUGAAAAAAAUAAUAUAAUAAAACUAUAAAGAAACGGGAAAGGAAAAGUGGUCGUUCGGACAUCUAUUUAAAAAAAAUUACGAAAGGGACGCUAGGCAAGAAGAGUCAAUUUAUUAUGGAACGAUCUUAUUGUAUUUCACCUGACGUCGUGUGUCUAAACGCGUGCAGUUCGUAUAUAAUUUAUUGAUUAUACCUUUUGAAACGAGUCACAG